AUGACUGGUGUACCAAUGAAUAUAUUCGUUGUUCUUUUUCUUUGUUUGCUAUUGAUGGUGGUAUCCUCGAAAAAUGCGGAAACCAUUCCACCACCAAAUGCAGAUAUUAUUUGUCCAGAUGGUCUUUCAAUAUGCCCAGCGACUAGUACUUGUUGCAUUUCAACAGAUGGUGAUUAUUCAUGUUGUCCGAUUCAAGAUGGAGUGUGCUGUGCCGAUCAUAAACAUUGCUGUCCAAAACAUUAUAAAUGUGAUUUAAAAAUCUUUAAAUGUGAUCGUGUUUUUAGUGCAACCAUGCUCGGUAUGGAAGCACCGUUAAAUAAAAAUUGA